AUGAUAUUUAUUCUGCAUCAGUUGGAUACAAAAAGUAUUAAGUCCGGCCAAUAUGACCACGAGACUAAGUGCCGCCUCAAUUCUAUCGGGGAUCGAUCUGGCAUUAGGACCACAUUAGCGACAACAAUUCUUUGCCGGACACUAGUGACCGACCGAACGACCACUACGUCCGAAGAGUUGCUGACCAAUGCCAACCGACUAAAUGACCGAGCACUGAACAAUGUAUUUCCCCCCUGUCGUUCGUUGUUUAUCUGCGUUUCUUGGGCAGUGUCCCUUUUUAGCCAGCCGCGGGCAUUCUCAGUGUCGCCUUUCUUUUUUUCUCUCUCUCCUUCCAUUAUCCAUUCCCCUCUACCCACUAUUUUUAUUCUUACUGCUUUACACGUUUUAUCCGACCGACACCCUACACGAAAAACUCAUGAAAUGGCCUUUUCUCUUUCCCGAGACACGUCCGCUGUCCCCUACCCUAUAGGCCGUCCGAUGUUGGUUCUGUACCCACAAAAACUACGCUCGUUCGUUGUCUUUCCAAACCCUCUUGUUUUCUCCACAAACAGCCGCUUCAACUGUCUUCCCCGUAACGCGAUGCCCACAGCAUUCGAUCGCUGGCCUUUGCCUCUACUAUUUCGAGCGGACUUUGAAUACUUAACAAGUCUGCUACUAAGUGCACUCACAGAGACUAAGCCGAUUUUUUAA